AUGUCUUCCUGGGAGCGUCUGAUUCGAUUUGAAGACCAGGCUGGCAUCGAGCAGUUCGGAGAGCCGAUUAUCCGCGCUGACGAUGUCUCCUCGCUCGAUGAGUUGGUUGAAGGCCGUAAACUGGAAGCUAAAUGCCUGACUGGAUCUGACAUCUUUGCCCUAUCUGCCUCAAUCAACGUGGCGAAGGUGAAGAAGAUUCUUCCCCUGCUCUCUCCGAGCGAAGUCCCACUUGUGAAAUGUGUCGGCCUCAAUUACAUGAAGCACAUCCAGGAAGGAGGUCGCAGGCCCCCUCCUUAUCCUUCGAUCUUUCUCAAGCCCAGUGCCUCUGUGGCUGCCUACAACGAAGAUAUUCCGAUUCCCAAACUGGCACAGGAUGACCAACUCGACUAUGAGGGUGAGCUGGCCAUUGUAAUUGGAAAAACCGGAAAGGAUAUCCCCAACGAUCAAGCCCUCAACCACAUUGCGGGAUUCAUCGCCUCCAACGACAUCUCCGCCAGAAAAUGGCAGCGGGACCCCGCUUAUGCCGGUGGCGUUCCCCAAUGGUGCUUCAGCAAGGGCUUCGACAGGUUCGCGCCGUUGGGCCCUAUGCUUGUCUCUCCCGCGGUGGUUGGAAAUGCUGGGAACCUCCAGCUGCGGACUUUUGUCAACGGUGAUCUCCGUCAGGACACGAACACAAAUGACUUGCUGUUUAAUGCCGAGGCGAUUGUUUCGUUUAUCAGCCAGGGUACGACCUUGGAGGCGGGCACCGUGGUAAUGACUGGUACUCCGGCAGGUGUUGCUAUGGGUAUGAAGGAGCCUCUGUGGUUGAAGGAUGGGGAUGUGGUAGAGGUGGAGAUCGAAGGGCUGGGAAGCGUCAAGAACAAGAUGGUAUUUCUGUAG